AUAAAAUAGUGCAUUUCCACUAUCUGUCUUUUGUGUUUCAGACAAUUGUAGCUUUGGGCAGCGGGAGCUGGAUCUUGCCGCGUCUGGCCAGUGGAGGCAUCCCUAUGUUCGAGAAGUUAUCACGUACACAGAUGUUAUCAUACAAGGCAGAGGUGGUCUAUAACGACCUAGCUAUGAAAGAAAGCGAUCUGUUCCUUAAUCACGCUGGGACAGGAGUGAGGUCCGACAAACUCCCUUCUAUGUCUCCUAUUGGCGUAGCAAAUAAUUUCCAGCUGGACGUCAUAUGCGGAAAAAUCCAGAUUUAUGGUCAUCUGAACAGACUGAGUGGUAGCACAGCCUUCUUCUCUGAUGGUUCUUUCGUUGAGGACAUCGACGCCAUUGUCUACUGUUCUGGCUUCAAGCCAGACUUGUCAAUAGUGGAGGAGGAAGGCAUCAUUCAUGGUAAUAUCAUAUGUAAUCAUUCAGCUCAGCAUUAGUGGUACCUGUGUAUUCCGUUUCAACAAUCAGCUGACUCAACGUUGCAAACAUUUUUUGUUUGUUCUAUCGUCAUUCAAAUGUU